AUGCCCAGGAUGCGCUUAGACUUUCUAAAGAACACCUCCCAGCGGGUCGCGACGGGCCGGUCGCUUCCCCUGCGGCAGGUCGAGGCCAUUCUCCUCUACGGCCGACCCGAGGGGAGGGCGAAGGUCAUCCAGGCCGUCCUCCCCGCGGCCUAUCGCCUCGCCCUGAGCCCUACCACCCACCAUCUCUUUCUCACUCUGCUGGACCACACCGACGACCUCACGCGGGUGCGGAUGCUCUACCACAUCCGGCGCGAAAUCGCCGCGCUCGCGCGGUCGGCCACGGGGAAUGUCGUCCUCCAGCGCCUUUUUGAACGCCUCCCCGGGCGGCAUCGGCGGGAGCUCGCAGAGGACCUCCGCCGCGAGGCCGAGGGCGAGGCAUUUUUGCAGAUCUGCACCCAUCCUUUCGGCAAUCACGUCGCGCAGCGGCUAGUGGGGUUUACUGAGGGUGCUGAGGUGUUGGGGUCGGUCCUCACCCCGCACUUGGCGAGGCUCGCCGUGGAUUCUUUUGGCAUGCGGGUAGUCGCGCGAUAUGUAGAGGAGGGUGGGGCGGACGCCGGACGGCGCGUCCUGCAGGCGCUGAUCCCGGGACCCGCGUGGGAACGAAUCGCCCGCGGCGACGACGACGACGACGACAAAGCUGACGAAGCCACAUCCAAGGCGAUCGACCACGGCCUCGCGCAGUUGUUUAACGCCGAGGCUGAGUCGAUGGUCAUCGCCGCGUUGUUUCGCCAAGUGUUCAUUCCGAUUUCUGUCAAAGACGCGAUUUGUGCGCACCUGUGCGAGUUUGCGGAGGAUUAUCUUCACCCUCGCGAGACCCCGAUGCGACUCGCGAAGGAGGAGGAGUUUGCGAUGCCGGAGUUCUCAAAUCCGUUGCCGCGGCGGAAGGCGGCAGCAGCGGUUGACGGGGGCGGGGAUCAUCUACCGGCGGCUCGCCAUUCGCACGCCUUCGUCGCCGUCUUCGAGCACGGCGAUUCUGCUCAAAGGGAGGCACUUUGGACAUCCAUCUGCGAACCACCAAAACACCCACAAAGGAAGGAAAGUGAAGGAGAGGACGGAGAAAAAGGGAAGCGAGAGGAGGGGGACCUUUUGGAGUGGAUUGUUGCGCGGCGUGAGACGGUCCCGGUGGUGGUGGCGGCGGUGAAAUCGCACGAGGGCAGCCGAGAGGCGGUUUGGCAGGCUCUUUUCCAUCGCCGAGCGAAGAUCGCUAAUGGUGCUGGAAAAGAGGAGGAGGAGGCGGAGGAGGCUUUGACAGUGGAGAUGCUUGCGCAGGAUUCUGUGCGUAGCAUGAUUCUUCGCGCCUUCAUCGACGUGGAGCCUGCACGGCUUGGGAAGGAAGACCGACUACAGCUCUACAGUAAGAGUCUUGAACUUUCAAAGAAUCCUGUGAGUUCACCCGUGCUUCAGCGUCUGAUCGAGAUGGACGGUGCCGAAGGUGAGGCCGCCGGCGCGAUUUAUGCCUUUAUUCAAAACGAUAUCGAGGGCCUUAUUAACCACUCUUCAGCAUCUUAUCUCCUCCAGUCACUCUUGCAGUUCGCCCCGCAGGAUUUGCGGGAGGCGAUGGUUCGCGAACAUUUUUUCCCGAUAUUUGUAGAGAACCUGCGCGAGACUCUAUCUCACUCGCAGGGGUCGCGUGUGAUGCAAAAACUGCUUGCAUACGCGACGGAUGAGGUUAUUAUAGAGGUGGUCAAACGCUUUACAAGCGAGGCCGAGACGGUAGCGAAUGCCGAUGAAGACGUGGAGGUGGCCAACGAAGAAUCGGAUAAAGAGGAAGAGUCUCAAACGGUAAGACUCUCUCCUAAAGCCCAACGCGCGCUCAAUCGUAUUCGACAUUACGAGAUCCAGUCAAGUGCGAUUGUUUCGUACGCGCUUCAUCAACACGCUUGCUAUGUUAUUCGUUCUCUCCUGCACGAAACCCGCAGUAGGAAGCUUGAUCAAGAGCGAAAGCUCCUUAUGAACGAGUUGAAACCGCACGUCUUCAACUUGGCGGUAUCCCCAUGGGCUGGUCGUGUCGUUCUUGAUGCGAUGAUGGGAGUUGGCAGCGAGCAGUUGUCAAAGGCGAUGAAAAAUGUUGUUUUCUUGAAGGCCGAGGCAUGGCUUUCUGAAGUCUCCGAAGAACGCAAGAAAAAAGGCACUGGAAUCGAUCCCACGAUUCGUUCUAUCUUGCAGGAUCAACGAAAGCGUAUAAGGGAGGGGGAUGAUACGGUUGUUGAGUCUAACAAUGUACCGUCGGCGCCCAAAAAGAAGUCGCGGCAUCUCCACAAAACACUUAAAAAAUAA